AUGGCUCGAGGCCAGUCUCCGUACACGGACGGACUGUACAGCUCACCUCGUCAGAGGAGCAGCCCUCUAAUGAAAAGAGAGUCCUCGGUAAGGCGAGAGUCGCCAGCACGCUCGCCCGCGCAACAUGACCUGGUCAACUUCUUCGAUAACCUCAACCUACAAGAGCAGCAGCAUGCCAAGGUCUACUACCACCAAAAGUUUAUUUUCCAGGAAGCCCUUGAUGCAAAGCAAAGGAUCAAGGCGGAAACAGAUGAGCUUCGCUUGAGAGAGUCAAAGGCAAGUCGGGACUCGGUCAGAGAGGAAGCCGAGGCUGCUCUGCAAGCCCAUAUUGAGGAGGAACGUCGACGCCAGCAGGAAGAGGAGCGAAGGAAACAGCAAGAAGAAGAGGAGAGGCAGCGCAAAGCUAGAGCAGAACAAGAAGCGACAGAAGCGGAGGAGCGAAGGGUAAGAGAGCAGACCGAAAAAGAAGAAGCUGCCAAGAGGGCAGAAGCAGACCGGAUACGCAAAGAGGACGAGCAGCGAAGAAAGGCCGCUGACGACGCGAAGAGGCAAGAGGAUGAGCGUAAGCAACAAGAGCAACAGCAGCAAGCCGAGAAAGCCAGGAAAGACGCCGAAGAUGAAGCUUCACGACAAGAGCAGCUUGAACAGCAACGGAAGGCUCAGGCUGCCGCCGCACUGCCACCUCCAUCUGCACUCUCGGCUUCGCCUGCCGCUGCUGCGAGCUCUCAGGCGGUACCUGCACACAUCGAGACUCACCACCAAGAGUACCUUGCGCUUCAUCAACGCCUGAAGAAGUUCCGUGUUGACUUCUGGGAGCAAUCAAAAUCAGUCAAGGAGUUCAAAACCAAGGUGGGCGAGAUGCGGCGAGAGAUCAAGAAAGCCGUGGGCCAAUUACGCAUCGACGGUCCGGCAGAGAACAAAGAAGCCAUGGCAAAAGUCAAAAGAGUAGUCACACUCUCCCUCCAGGACACCUUCUCCCCACCAGCCCCCGUCAACGACUACCUUCCACCACACACUCAACUCCCAUCCUCCACCAAUCCCAUGCCCACGGUCCCCAGCCUAACAAUAUACGUCCUCUCAAUCCUCUCCAAAGCCGUCAUCGCCCUCAGCAUAACCUCCUGCGUCGACAACGGCAAAUCCGCCGAAGCCCCCGGCGUCCUCAUCGCCCAAGUCUUCAGCCAAGCCGCUCUCCAAUUCCCAGACCCGAAUCAAAACCCGCCCUCACCUCACCCAGCAUCACUAAUCUCAAUCCUGCUCGCGAAAUUUCACGCCUGCGCGCCACAACUCUUCGGCCCCGAUGCCUCCGGCCAAAAAUCAUUCAUUCCCGAAUCAGGACACUAUGAUCGCCUCGUCGGCCUCGGCGCCCUCUACGCGGCCAUCUCCCUUCGAAACUUCAGCAAGACACGCGCGCUCAACCCGCUCCCACCAACCCAUUUCUGGGAAUCAACCGCCUUGAUCGUCAACACACCGCCCCAAGAGAUCCAGAUCGGGCAGCUGAUCUUGCUGAAGUUCAUGCUAGAGAACAGCGCGGAGCGAAUCGUGCAAUUCUGGGGCGCGACGGGUGUGGCGAUGUUGAAGGAGGCGGUGGUGGGGACGCGGAACAGAGUAAUGCAGGGCGGAGACGAGAGUGUUAGGAAUCAUCAGAGUGUGAAGGCGUUGGGGAUUUUGGAGGAGGCGUGGGCUAAGGGGAUGUUGUUCCGGUUGAGUUGA